AGACGCAGUGGGAUCUCAGCUGCAGGAUGCCUGAGCACGUGCAAGAGAGGAAGUCAAAGAUAUCAGCCUCAAGGAAGCUUAUGUUUAAGAGUCUGAUGGUGGCAAAAGCCAAGGAGGAACUGGAACAGGAAGUCCUCAUCAAAGAAGUGGAGAAGCAGAAGUACCUUGCAGAGAAAGCUCCUCCUCUGAACACCAGUGGGCUCAGCCUCGCUCAGCUGCAGGAUCUCUGCAGAGAACUCCACUCGAAGAUAGGCGUGGUGGAUGAAGAGCGAUAUGACAUUGAAGCCAAAGUCAUGCUGAACACACGCGAGAUUAAAGACCUGAACAUCAAGGUUCUGGACCUCCGGGGGAAAUUCAAGAGGCCUAAUCUUCGACGCGUCCGUGUGUCUGCUGAUGCCAUCCUUCGCUCGCUGCUGGGCUCCAAGCACAAAGUGUCCAUGGACCUCCGAGCUAAUCUCAAGUCUGUCAAGAAAGAAGAUACUGAGAAGAAGAGGCCAGUCGAGGACAGCGACUGGCGGAAGAACGUGGAAGCCAUGUCAGGGAUGGAGGGAAGGAAGAAGAUGUUUGACGCUGCCAAAGGUUCUGCGCAGUGA